AUGUCUUGUUGAGUCAAAGUCUUAACUUAAAGGCUGCACACACAACGGCCAUCAAUAACCUUCGUCCUGUAUCAUCACUCACACACACUGAUAUGCUCGCCAUUAUCGGACACAGAUUUUGAUCCCGAAAAGCGUUUGUUGCCAUCAUCAUCGUCAUGGAUCUGAAAGAUAAGAGCUCAGUUGUUGCACAAGAAGAAGAAGAAAUAAUAACGGAGAGUGGCAGCAGUGCGUUAAUAUCGUCAAACCAGACGAAAUGCUGUACCGAUUGUCACACCACUAGAACUCCUCUCUGGAGAGGCGGUCCUGCUGGUCCCAAGUCUCUUUGCAAUGCGUGUGGGAUCAAAUACAACAAGAAGAGAAGAGCGGUGAUGGUCGGAUUUGAUAAAAACGGAAGAAGAACAUCCAAGAGUGCGAAAAGAAAAGGAGAUUUGAAGAUGAAGAUGAAGAUGAAGAUGAGAUUGAUGAUGAUUAAUAAAAAACAAGAACAGAGAAAGAGAUCAUCGUAUGAAAGAGGUAAGCCAUGGUGGAACAAGCUACGGGAAGAAGAACAAGCAGCCAUAUUAUUAAUGGCGAUCUCUUGUGGUGGAUCUCUGUAUUCAUGAUUGAUGUUUGAAUUUGGGGGAAAUUGGAGAACCCUAACUAAUCAUCCUGUGCCCUAACCCUAGUGUAAAAGGGGCAAAAUUUCCAACCUCUUCAACUUAUUGUACUACUAACUACCUUUACCUUCAAUCGGUUCAUCAUUUUCACUUUC